AUGAGUGGUGGAUAUUUUCGAGACACAGAAAGAAGGAUAAUGCGUAGCCUAAUUUUUGUCUCUUGGUUCAAGAUAGGCGAUAACAUUGAUUCAAGAUGUUACCGACUUGCUCUCCAUAGCCUCAAAGCCCGAAAAAACAUUUUUACCAUUGAAAUAAGGAGGCUUUUAGUUACUGCAACCAUCUUACCUCUAAUUGACUACUGUUCUCUUGUGCUCAUUGAUUCGACUUCUGAGAAUGAUCUGAAACUACAACGAACCGUAAAUUCUGCAAUCAGAUUUAUCUUUAACCUCAGAAAAGAUGAACACAUCAGUCCUCAUCGUCGACAAUUGGGAUGGUUAACGGUAAAAUAUCGCCGGUUCUAUUUUGCUGUCUGCUUCUUUUAUAAACUUUUAGAACAUGGAAAGCCUGAGUAUCAGCGUGACCUGUUUGUAGAAGAAUCAGAUGUUCGACGGUCUGAUAGACUCGCUGCUAAGAGACACACAUCUUUCAAAAUACCAAAUUUUACCACAUCUUACUUCGAGAAAUCCUACAUCGUAACAGUGAUCAAGCUUUGGGAAGAGUUACCGAGUGACAUUGUAAACUCUAGUAGUUUAGAAGUCUUCAAAACUACUAAGUUAAGAAAAUCUAAAUCAAGACAAGAAAUUCUUAGAACAAGAUAA